UCAUCAGAAAAAUAUCACUUCAAACUUUAAACUUAAUCACAGAAUUAAGAUUAAUAAUAAUGGCGAGCAGCUUAGCCUCAGCAGCAACUAUAUCGAAGCUUAAUCGUGCUGGAUCUGUUCUUGUGCGCAGCCCAUGGAGCUCUAGGGUUUUUGUCUCUGUCAGACCAAGACAUGCAAGUUCUUCACAGUUUGCUGCAGCAGCAGCAGCUGAUGGAGCGGCUCAGGGUGUGAAGCGAGCCACAGAGAAGGCUGCCGAAGAAGUCAAAGAUAAGGCUUCCUCUGCCGCCGAAGAGGUGACUCAGAAAACAAAGGAAGUUGCAGGGAAAGUGAGUGAAACAGCACAGGAUUUGGCUGGGAAGGCAAAGCAAACAGUUCAAGAAGCAUGGGGAUCUGUGAAGGAUACAACUCAGAACAUCAAAGAGAAGGUUGUUGGCAAAGCUGAGGAAUCCAAAGAAGCCAUUAAAGACACUGCAGACAACAUCAAAGACAAAAUCAAGUCAAACUGUUGAGAUCUUCAAUGCUUUUUCAUCAUAUUGUUUCACUCCCCAUUUCAUAGGAAAUGGCAAUUUUCCUUCUUGGGUUAUGGUUUUUUUAACGACUUUUGAGAAUUCUUCAGCAAUUAGUCCAUUGGUACUUGAAAUAAAAUGUAAGCCUUUUUCGUUUUCUCGA